UUGACGAGUGCACUUUUGGGGUCUCACUAAUCCUCACCCCCACCCAAUAAAACCUCUGAGAAUUGCCCUAAUUUUGUUCAUGCUUCGUAAUCCCUAAUUUGGGAUUGAUUUCUCUGAGGGAAGAGGAAGCUGGGAGAGGAGGAGAGGCCUCAACUCUUCCCCCUAAUUUCCGCUCCACAAAGACGAGGCGCGUUCUUCGGGUCGUCUGCUUCUUCUCGGCUGGCUUGGAUUGAAAUGUGUACUCUGCCGGUGCCCCCUCCUCCUCCUGAGAUCGAUCGACACUGGACUAACGAGCAACUCAUUUUAUUGUUAGAUAAGUACACCAAAGAGUCGAAUCUCCCGAGCAACGUGCUGGAUGAUUUAAGCCCUUAUCAGCACCCGCCCUCCGUUUUGCCAGAAGGAUUUUGGUUCAUAUUCCCCUCCCACCAGAAAACGAAAUCGGAUCAUGGAUUGUGGAAACCCGUCGGAGAACCUUGUAAGAUUUACUCGAACGACAGCAUCAUGGGUUGGAGAAUCACUCAAGAAUAUUUCGAAGGAGGAGAAAGAACCGACUGGAUUAUGCAAGAGUACAGCGUAACCCGGACAGAUCUCGGCACCGACGACGCGACAAAGGAUUCGAGAUUGUUGUGCCGAGUCUUCCUCUCCAAUGGGCCCCACAACGCCGAAACCGACAACGAGUCGAAGGAGAUCGAUCUGCUACUAGAAUCUAUCAUCCCAGACAUCAACAAUCCCUCCGGCCACGAUCCACUCGCCGAAUCGAAGGCAAUGUGGGGAGAGCUACCGGAGGUGGACGGUAUCGAAAUGAGCUUUUCUCCUCAAGAUUCGUGCGAUCGGGAUUGCAUUGCGAGAGGCGAUUUCUUGGAAUUGAAUGAUCUAGUAGAUCCCGGAUCGGAGUCGUCGAGCUCGAGGAAUUCGAGCUGCGCCAGCAAUUUAUCAGAAGUGUAUUUUGAUUCUUUGGAUUUGCUGCGGGAGAUCGAGGAGGACAAGAACAAAUUCGUCGGCCAGCAGGGGAAGCCGUCGAAUUUGAACCUUAGCGUCGCAACAUCUGUCGACAACGUUGUUUUGCAGCGUGCCCCGUCAGGAUCUCGACCGAGUGAUGCUGUUAUAAUUGAACCAGUCGAGGGCAAUCAAACUGGUCCAGACAUCGAAAGUCCAAUCAAUAAGACAGCUUCAAAACGAAGCCCCUCCGAUGGCAAUGAGACAGCAAUCAUCGAACAAAAGGACGCUAACGGCGCCGGUCCGAGCGGAGAAAAGAAAGCCGGUUCGGGGAGAUUGAAGAAGAUCAAACUGUAUUUCUGCUUCUCAUUUUGAGCUCAAAUCGAAUCGAUCAGGUCAGUGGUUUCUCUAUCCUACCGUGUAGUUUAGUCGUCGAAUUUUCGGGCACUGUCGGAACCUGGGUUUGUGGAGUUGUUACAAGAUCAUGAUGGUUGAGUCUGAGGUUGCAAGAAACCCUUUAGAGGGCUGUUUAUAGAUAUAGAUAUAUAUAUAGAUGUUUGUUUGGUUAGAAUGAGUGUUUGCUUCUUCCCUUUCCAUUGAUGAUAUUGAGUAAGGUCUGUAAUAUAAGUCUUUGGUGACUUUUAUUAAAUUUAAGUAACUGAGACAAUAAAUCAAAGUAUGUAUGUAUGUAUUUGCUUGUUUCUUUUUUAUAACAAAUUCGAACCUAA